GCGGCAGGGCCCAGCUAGCCCGAAGCAGCAGCACGGCGAGCGCCACCGACCUCGAUAGCAGGCCCAAAAGAGGGCGGGGAAACCGAGCCGCGACCCAGCAACGGCCCGUGGGGAAAGAAAGGGAUGGAUUUUCCACAACAUAGUCACCAAGUUCUGGAGCAGCUGAAUCAACAGAGGCACCUUGGACUGCUCUGUGACUGCACCUUUGUCGUGGAUGGCAUCGACUUCAAGGCCCAUAAGGCAGUGCUGGCUGCGUGCAGUGAAUACUUCAGGACCUUGUUCCUGGAUCAGAAGGAUGUGGUGCACCUGGACAUUAGUAAUGCAGCAGGUCUCGGCCAGGUGUUGGAAUUCAUGUACACAGCCAAGCUCAACCUGACAGCGGCGAAUGUUUUUGACGUGCAGGCAGUGGCUGGCUUCCUUCAGAUGCAUGACAUUGUGAGCACAUGUACAACUUUCAUUGAAGGCAAAUCCUGCACACCUUCACUAGCUGUCACCAAAGAGGAGUCUUCUCCUUCAGCUCAUGAUGUGGAGCCACAGAGCAGUGAUGAGAAACAGGAAAAAGAACUGAUUGUAGCUUCUCCUGGAAAAGAGAAGAAGGACCCAGCUGUUGAAGUGAGGGGAGAAGGAGCAGCGGAGUCAGAAGAUGACGACACAGCAGUGGAGUUUGAAGAUGAUGAAGAUGAAGACUACAAGCCUGGAGACAUGGUGAAAGAUGCUGUGUCCAAGAUAUAUGGGAAACGUCGGCACUUUUCUGCCAGGAAAAGCACUUCAAAUGACACCAAAGACUGCAGCGCUGCAGAGAGUCCCAAGGAAGAGAUGGCAAAUGAUGAACUCAAGGAGACACACACGGUGGUGCAUGAUAACACUGACAUACAGGAGAAUGGGGAUGAGCUGGCACACAGUCAUGGAGACAGUCAGGCACAGUCUGAGUACAGUGAGAAGCUGGAUGGUGCCUCAGAGUCAGAUGUAACGUUGGAGGAUCAGGACAGCGCUCAUGAUACCAGACGUCGCCGCUUUGGGCCCUACAUUGACCGCACCGAAUCGCGUCCUUAUGGGUCAAUAACGCACAAGUGCAAGGAUUGCGGAAAGGAGUUUACACACACUGGAAACUACAAGAGGCACGUCCGCAUCCACACAGGAGAGAAGCCCUUCUCCUGCAGAGAAUGCAACAAGGCGUUCUCCGACCCUGCUGCCUGUAAAGCACACGAGAAAACCCACAGUCCAGUCAAGCCUCACUCCUGUGAGGAGUGUGGGAAGAGCUACCGGCUGAUAAGCUUGCUGAACUUGCAUAAGAAGAGACACACGGGUGAGGCCAAGUACACAUGUGAUGACUGCAGGAAGACCUUCACCACCUCUGGCAACCUGAAACGCCACCAGCUGGUGCACAGUGGCGAGAAACCCUACCAGUGCGACUACUGCGAGAGGUCGUUCUCUGAUCCCACGGCCAAAAUGCGGCAUCUGGAGAUGCACGAUGCUGACAAGGUUCACAAGUGUCCCCACUGUGAGAAGCGAUUUAAUCAGCUGGGGAACUUGAAAGCCCACCUGAAGAUUCACAUUGUAGAUGGACCCCUGAAGUGCAGGGAAUGUGGGAAGCAGUUCACCACAUCAGGGAACCUUAAACGCCACCUGCGGAUCCACAGCGGAGAGAAGCCGUACGUCUGCCCGCACUGCCAACGAGCGUUUUCUGAUCCCGGAGCAUUGCAGCGCCACGUACGCAUUCACACAGGUGAGAAGCCUUGUAUUUGCAUCAUCUGUGGGAAGAGCUUCACACAGGCGAGCUCUCUGAUCGCUCACAUCCGACAGCACACCGGGGAGAAGCCAUACGUCUGUGACCGCUGCGGGAAAAGAUUUACACAGUCCAGUCAGUUGGCCAAUCACAUACGGCACCAUGACAAUAUUCGGCCGCACCAGUGCCACAUCUGCAACAAGGCGUUUGUCAAUGCCGGUGACCUUGCCAAACACGUCAUCAUCCACACAGGUGAGAAACCCUAUCUCUGUGACACGUGUGGACGAGGUUUCAAUCGCGUUGACAAUCUCCGCUCACAUGUUAAAACCGUGCAUCAGGGAAAGACUGGACUGAAAAAACUCAAAAGUAAAGACGAGGAAGAAGAUGAAGACAGGAACGUUGUCACUGUUACAACGGAUACCAUGGUUACCUUGGCAACUGAGGCACUGGCUGCUACUGCUGUGACCCAGCUAACAGUGGUCCCAGUGGCAACAGCGGUAACUGCAGAUGAAACUGAGGUCCUGAAGGCGGAGAUUACAAAAGCAGUGGAACAGGUUCAGGAAGCCGAUCCCAAUGCUCACAUUCUGUAUGCCUGUGAUUCCUGUGGGGAGAAGUUCCUGGAUGCCAACAGCCUGGCCCAGCACGUACGCAUUCACACAGCCCAGGCCCUGGUCAUGUUCCAGGCUGACACAGACUUCUACCAACAGUACAGCAAUGGCAGCUGGCAAACCGAGCACGUCAUCCAACCAGGAGAGCUGCUUUUCCGAACACGGGAUGGGACAGAACUCCCAACCACUGUUGCUGAACAGACUCAAGUAUUGAGCUGCCAGAAUCCCUCACAGUGAGGGAUGACCAGACACACUGUGCAAGUCAUCACAUAGCAGAAAUACUCUAUUCCAUCAACCAUCCUGAAUACUGCAAUUCAAACACAACCUGCUCAUUAAGGAAUAGGAAGCUGCAAGACCAACUCCAUGACUACAAUGUAACAUGUUAUCGACUGUAUACGUGCUCUACAAUCAAACCACAUCGUAAAACUAGAUCCAACGUGAACAGCAACACCGAUAGUUCACAGCCAGAGGACAAUGAGAAAAUGCAGUCAGGAUGAUUUGAAGAUUGCUGCACGACUAUCAGGGAUUGACCUGUUACAAUGGUCUCUGAUCUGUUUUCUCCUUAUUGAAUGCACUAAGUCCAGCACUAUUAGGGCUGGAGGAGGGGAAGGGGUGGAAACGAGCUUUCAGAAUCUCAUGGGACUGAACCCUUAACUGUCUGAAUGAGAAGCCAACAUUAUGCACUCCACAGGAUCAUUCUGAUGUAUUAUUGUUAGUACUUAGGAGUGAUUAAGCUAUUAUAUCUCCUCUGAGUGAGGGCCAGUUACCAUCAGACUGGCAGUCAAAUCUUUGCUGCACAGUUUGUGCACUGGCUGGCUCAGACAGAGGAGCUGUCUAGGCAAGACAGACAAGACCUUGUAUGUAUGUCUGACAAGACAUUGUCCCAUGCUGUGCCCACCAUGCAGUCCAGUGAUAAAGAACACAUGUUGGGCACCAAGCUUCAGUUCCCAGUUGCUAAAGAGCUCAAUGGCAGAAAGAUCCUCCUAAGGCACUUCAUUGGUCUGAAUUCAGCAGGAAUUAUUUAUGUAAGGCAGAUGCUAGCCACAGGUAAUAAAGUGGAAGCUGCUUAUAUAGUG